CUCUGUGGCUUCUCUUUUUGCGCUAUUCCAACACCAUUUUUUUUUGCCACAUUGGCCUCAUCAAGUUAUUCCCAACCUUGAUUUUCCUCCUCACCUACACCCUUCUCUCCAACCACCGACCCAUCAUGUCCGGCCGUGAUGCGCGUGAUCGCGCUCCGAGGGUCAAGAACCGAGCCCCAGCUGCGGUCCAGAUCACCUCUGAGCAACUCUUGCGAGAAGCUCAAGAGCGAGCUGAAGCUCCGGUCAAGGCGCCGCGGCAACGUAUACAGGAUCUCGAGGAGCUGACCGAGUUCCAAGGGAGAAAGAGAAACGAGUUUGAAGGGCGGAUCCGUUACUCGAGGGAUAAUAUCAGAGCUUGGAUCAAGUAUGCCCAGUGGGAAGCCAGCCAGAAUGAAUUUGAGAGGUCUAGAUCGGUGUUUGAACGAGCUCUGGAUAUCGAUCCUCGGUCAGUGGAUCUUUGGGUCAAGUACACGGACAUGGAGUUGCGGGCACGGAACAUCAACCAUGCUCGUAAUCUUUACGACCGAGCGGUGACUCUACUUCCUCGUGUCGAUACUCUGUGGUACAAAUACGUCUAUCUCGAGGAGUUGCUGCUCAACAUUGCUGGAGCUCGUCAAAUCUUUGAACGGUGGAUGCAGUGGGAGCCGAAUGACAAGGCAUGGCAGAGCUAUAUCAAGCUUGAGGAGCGAUAUAAUGAGCUGGAGAGGGCUUCUGCGAUCUUCGAGAGGUGGAUAGCAUGUCGUCCAAUCCCGAAAAACUGGGUCACCUGGUCCAAAUUUGAAGAGGAAAGAGGCGUGCCAGAUAAAGCCCGCGAGGUGUUCCAAACCGCUCUCGAAUUCUUCGGGGAUGAAGAGGAGCAGGUCGAGAAGGCUCAGGCUGUGUUCGCAGCGUUUGCUAGGAUGGAGACGCGGUUGAAGGAGUAUGAGCGAGCACGAGUCAUCUACAAGUUUGCCCUUGCUCGAUUGCCAAGAUCGAAAUCAGCGUCCCUAUACUCUGCGUACACCAAAUUCGAAAAACAACAUGGUGACCGAGCCGGCGUUGAGCUUACAGUCCUUGGGAAGCGUAGAAUCCAGUACGAAGAAGAGCUAGCAUACGACGGUACCAAUUAUGACGCUUGGUUCUCGCUUGCGAGGCUCGAAGAGGAUGCAUAUCGCGCGGACAAGGAGGACGGCGAGGAUGUCCAGCCUACUCGUGUUAGGGAGGUGUAUGAGCGUGCGGUCGCAAACGUUCCGCCAGCGACGGAGAAGAGAUACUGGAGGAGAUACAUCUACUUGUGGCUUCAAUACGCUGCCUUUGAGGAACUUGACACCAAAGACUUUGACCGAGCCAGAGACGUCUACAAGGCCGCCAUUAAGCUCGUCCCACAUCGUCAAUUCACCUUCGCCAAGCUGUGGCUCGCGUACGCGUACUUUGAGAUUCGUCGGGUAGACGUCAUGGCGGCCCGCAAGGUUCUUGGGGCUGGUAUCGGCAUGUGCCCCAAGCCUAAACUGUUCACCGGAUACAUCGAGCUCGAAAUGCGGUUACGAGAAUUUGACAGAGUGCGGAAGCUGUACGAAAAGUUCUUGACGUACGACGCCUCGUUGAGCUCGGCCUGGAUCCAAUGGACACAGGUCGAGAACGCCGUGGAGGACUUUGAGCGUGUCAGGGCGAUCUUUGAGUUGGCUGUCCAGCAGAGCUUGGACAUGCCAGAGAUUGUCUGGAAGGCGUACAUUGACUUUGAAGUCGGAGAGGGAGAACGAGAAAGAGCCCGGGAGCUCUACGAGCGUCUGCUGGAGCGCACGUCUCACGUCAAGGUAUACAUCUCCUAUGCUCUCAUGGAAUCGUCAACUAUCGGAGGUGGAGAAGAUGAAGAUGGGAAUGAGAUCCAAGGAGAGGAGGGUGAUCCUGACAGGAGCAGGGAGAUAUUCGAGCGAGGGUACAAGGCGAUCCGUCAACGUGGCGAGAAGGAAGACCGUGCGCUUCUGCUUGAAGCUUGGAAAGCGUUUGAGGAGGAGCACGGUUCGGACGCGGAUCGUGUCAAGGUGCAGGAGAUGAUGCCGACAACGAGGAAGAGAUGGCGCAAAGCAGAAGAUGGAUCAGGGGAACUCGAAGAAUACUGGGACCUUGCAUUCCCCGACGACGAGCGCGAGGCCAACCCAGCGUCUUACAAUUUCUUCCGAGCUGCGCAAGACUGGGCCGCAAAGCGGGCUGGGGGUGCUGCUGGCGGAGGUCUAUCGUACGAUAUGUCUGAUUCAGAUUCAAAUGAAGACGAGGACGAGGACGAGGACGCUGAGGAUGGCGUUGGUGUGGAUGCCGCUGUAGAGGCAAUGGAGCAAGACGAGUAGAAA